AAUAGUACUAAGUGUACGUAAAGUGUAUUUAGUUCACUUUUUCAUGGGAUAGCAAUUAAUUCUUAACACCCUACCCCUAAUUCUCAAACCUUGGCUAUACGGCCAUGGUUUCUAAGUGUCAGUAAUAUUGCUUAUGAUGAGUAAAACUGCAGCCUUUAUGCACCCCUUAACAUGUGUGUAUUAUUAUUAUGUUUGUAGAUUGACCAGUCAACAGUAAAAACAAUGGAUGAAAAGACAUUGGAGAGUUUCCUGCCAGCUCUUGGUGAUAGGGUUGCAUUAAGGAAUUACUGUGACAACAACAACAUAAAACAAUCUAGAAAACUAAAUCUCCUAGAUAAAGUUCGGAAGAAGAUGAAACUUGGAAACAGCUCAAACUUUUCAGAAGACAUAGGUGAAGCGGAGGAAAGUGGGAGCAGAGGAAAGUUGUUGAUUGGAAAUAAAAAUGCUUGUAGAGGCACAAGACGGAUUGAAUUUGGAUGGCUACACAAUGGAAAGCAAGUUCGAACCAAAUGUGGUGGUGGGACAAGAAAGCUGGUUGUUCCAAAAACUGCUGGUUAUGAUGACCUCAUCAAGAUGGGAAAGGAGCUUUUUUUCCCUAAGGGUCAGUCAAAGAAAGGUUCUGAAGUCAGUUUCACUUUUAAGAUAUUUGAUUUUCAACAGUGUGAAAUGCCCCAUGAUAUCACAGUUGGAGCACUGUAUGAAACGGCUAAACUUGGAACACUGAGGUUCUAUUUAGCAACAGUUGAUAUCGAAGAAUCUUCAGAUUCUUCUGAGGAUCCUCAUUGUUCAGACACACCAUCAGAACAAGAUUACGACUGCUACAUAACAGGUGCAACCAGCCUGUCCUCUGACGAUGACGUACAGUUUGGUCCAGUGGAGGGUCCUGAGAACAGAUCUGAUGAAACUCUUCCCAUAGAUGCACCUCAAGAAGAGAUACCAUCCCAGUCAAGUGAGGUAGCACCUUUGGUAACACAUGAAGAAAAUUCCACCUCAAAGGUCCUGAGAGUACAUCGUGUCAACAUCUUGCAUGAUAUGGUGGAACAGUUCAAAGAUGCCAGUGUUGUGGAGGCCAAACUGUCAUUUAUCUUUGUUGAUGAAUGUGGUGUUGAUGCAUCAGGUGUCGCCAGGGAUGCGUUUUCAGGCUUUUGGGAAGCUUUUUUUCUGAAUUGUGCAGAUGGGGAAAUUGAGUAUGUUCCAGCACUUCAACCUGAAUAUGGAAAAGACGAAUGGGAGGCAGUAGGUAGAAUUCUACUAAAAGGAUAUCAGGCUCAUGUUUUUUUUCCAGUGAAGCUGUCAUUAGCCUUUGCAGUAUGUCUUCUUCAUGGGGAAAAAGAAGUGACAUCUGACAUGCUGAUUGAAUCUUUUUCGAGGUUUGUAACUCCAUUUGACAAAGACAUCAUUACCUCUGUGCUGGAAGGAAGAGAGUAUGACAGAGAUGACCUACUCGACAUGCUGUCCAGAAUGGGUGGUCACACUGUACCUGUUGAAGAUGCCAUAAAGGAUAUGAUUAUACAGACAGCACACAAACAACUUAUUCAAGAGCCUAUGUAUGCUCUUAAAAUGAUGGCUGGUAGUGCUCAGUGCACUUUAAAAAGUUUACUUCCAACUGUGUCUGCGGUUUCAGCCCUUUAUGAAGCCAAAAUUCCAACAGCGAAAGGCAUUAUUGCGUUGCUUAAAGCCAGUGAGAAGGAACCUUCUCAUACCAAAACAAUGCAGUUUCUUAAGCUGUUCAUUCGAUCACUUGACAAAGAUAAAAUGCAUAAAUUCUGUUUCCCUUCAAAUAUUUAACAAAAAUUGCAGUCACAAUGCUGCAUUUACAAUUGUUUUAUUUUCUUGGAAAAGCAACAGUUGAUGUUUGCUAAACAGUAACUUUAGUGUCAUAUAACAAAGAUGAUAAAAAUUUUAUUAAAAUUUAAUUUUACAUUUAUGGUAACAGGGCAUGUUGGAUGCAAAUUUAAAGAAAGUUGUAGUG